AUGGAAGGUCGCUGCCAGUGCUCCCAAAUCCGCUUCACGACUCCUCUCCCGAAGCCGCUGAAGAUGUACAUCUGCCACUGCACCGAAUGCCGACAUCAGUCCUCGUCAACCUACGGAAUGACAGCUCUCUUCCCUGCGUUCGAAAUUCCUACAUCCUCACCAGGCCAGUUAGGGGUCUACACUCGUCCCACUGAAUCAGGAAAUCAACUUGACUGCUUCUUCUGCACCAACUGCGGCUGCCGCCUGGUACAUCGGCCGCGGGGAGGAGACACGCUUAGUGUCAAAGCCGGGUGUCUGGUGGCGCUCGAUAAAGAGAUGAUGAAAGAUGCAGUACAUAUCUGGUGCAAGGAAGCUGUCAUUGAGAUACCAGAGGGCGUCGAGCGUUGGGAGGGAGAACCUGAUCGUGGAUCGUUCAAGAGGUAG